AUGAACCUAGAAGAGUAUUUCGCAAGAACUGGCUACAAAGGCUCUCUCGAAAAACGCGAUCUGGCCACCCUCACGGCCAUCUUCCAGCACCACAUACGAGCCGUCCCGUUCGAAAACCUCAGCAUCCAUUGCGGGGAAACCAUUACUUUGGAUCUGGCUCAAGUCUAUACCAAAAUCGUCAAGAAAAGGCGCGGAGGCUGGUGUAUGGAGAACAACCAGCUCUUGUCGUGGGUUUUGAAGACCUUGGGGUACAACACGACCAUUUUGGGAGCCUACGUUUACAACCCGCAGCUGAACGUCUAUGCCACUCACAUGACCCAUCUUAUCGUGAAGGUGGUCGUGGAGGGCGCAGCCUACAUUGUAGAUGCUGGCUUUGGUGUCUCCUACCAAAUGUGGCAACCGAUGGAGUUGGUGUCUGGCAAAGACCAGCCGCAGACCCCCGGGAUAUUUCGCUUCACCGAAGACAAUGGCAUUUGGUACUAUGAGAAAAUCAGAAGGAAGCAAUAUAUUCCCAACCAAAGCUUCUCCAAUUCGGAUCUGUUGGAGAAGAGAGAGCGCAGAAACAUCUAUUUGUUCAGCCUCGAGCCCCGGAAAGUGGAAGAUUUUCAGUUCCAAUGCUCCUACCUCCAGACCUCCCCGGAAUCCUUGUUUACAAAGAAAUCCAUUUGCACCCUCCAAACGGCUGACGGAUUCCGAGCUCUGAUCGGGUGGACACUGUCCGAGACCACCUACAACUACAAGGAGGACAUGGAUCUGGUGGAAUUUGCCACCCUGACAGACGAAGAGGUGGAAAAAACGCUGCAGGAGAAAUUCAACAUCAGUCUGGAGAACAAACUCGUUCCUGUCAACAUCAAAGGCAUUUAUACAAUCUAA